UGCUGGGGCCAUCCGUGAACUUUGCAUUUCUCUGCUGAACUCCAUAAAUUGUAGUCGACCAUUAACCAGGCCCUGGACUGUUCAGGGCAAUCUCAUAAGGUAGGAGGUUAAUGCCGAGCCAGCAGCACGUGCUGCUCCUUUUGCAUGUGGAGGGAAAGGAACACAAAGUGCUGGUGGAAAAUUUCUGCGCUGUCAAAACCACAGCUCUGAGAGGAUGAACCUGUGAACUGCAGAAGAGCCUGAGCAAGGUUCUGGUGACAGAAACCCGACCCAGCAGCGACAGGCUCGAGCAAGGGGAAAGGAAUCGAAGAAUGGUCAGGCAGCAGGGACUUGCUCCAGCUGAUAGAGCCUGUCAGUGAUUGGAUGUGUUUGGAAGAGUCACAGAGGGGGAUUUUCUGCCUGGGGGCGUUUCCAUCCCCUGCCUUGGUCGUUUGGGCUGCACAAACCUGCACUGCGAACGCCGCAUGUGGGAUUCCAACGCCAACAUGAAGCUGAAAGGAGGGGAGCAGGAGAGCUCUGAGCGCAGCGAGGGUGCAAAGGGGAAAAUGACAAUUCUCCUUGCCCUGGUGGCUCUGAUAUCUGGCUUUGGAUCUUCUUUCCAGUACGGCUACAACGUGUCCGUGAUCAACUCUCCAGCCCCGUACAUGCAAGACUUUUACAACCAAACCUACCUGGACAGGACUGGGGUGCCCAUGAACAGUGGCUUCCAGACACUGCUCUGGUCUCUUACUGUGUCCAUGUUCCCCCUGGGUGGCUUUUUUGGGUCCCUGCUGGUGUGGCCCAUGGUCAACAACUGUGGCAGAAAGGGCACUUUGCUGAUAAAUAACCUCUUCUCCAUCUGUGCUGCAAUCCUCAUGGGAACCUCAGAGCUAGCAAAAACCUUUGAAGCAAUCAUCCUUUCCCGUUUCAUCAUGGGAAUAUAUGCUGGCCUGGCUUCCAACGUGGUUCCCAUGUUCCUUGGAGAAAUGUCCCCCCGGAAUCUCAGAGGGGCCAUUGGGAUUGUCCCACAGCUCUUCAUCACCGUCGGGAUCCUUGUGGCUCAGAUCCUUGGCCUCAACAGCAUCCUGGGGAAUGCUGAAGGCUGGCCUGUGCUGCUGGGGCUCACCGGGAUCCCAUCGCUGAUCCAGCUCCUGACGCUGCCCUUCUUCCCCGAGAGUCCCAGGUACCUGCUGCUCCAAAAGGGCAACGAAGAGCAGGCACGACGAGCCUUGCGGAGGCUGAGAGGCUGGGAUGACGUGGAUGACGAGAUAGAAGAAAUGUUCCAAGAGGGCCAGUCAGAAAAGGAAGAAGGGCAGUUCUCUGUGCUCAGCCUGUGCACCUUCAGAGGCUUGAGGUGGCAGCUCAUCUCCAUCAUUGUCAUGAUGAUGGGCCAGCAGCUCUCCGGGGUUAACGGGGUCUUCUACUACGCCGACAGGAUCUUUGAGUCAGCAGGUGUGCCCAGCAACAGCAUCCAGUACGUCACUGUGUCCAUAGGUGCCAUCAACGUCGUCAUGACUUUGCUUGCUGUUUUCAUUGUGGAAUCCCUGGGGAGGAGGAUCCUUCUCCUCGCCGGCUUCGCGUUGUGCUGUGCUUCCUGUGCCGUGUUAACCUUGGCCCUCAACCUCCAGACCACCGUGUCCUGGAUGUCCUACCUCAGCAUAGCGUGUGUCAUUGUUUACAUCAUUGGACAUGCUGUGGGACCCAGUCCGGUUCCCUCUGUCAUGAUCACCGAGAUGUUCCUGCAGUCGUCCCGGCCUGCAGCCUUCAUGGUGGGAGGGUCUGUGCACUGGCUGAGCAACUUCACCGUGGGGCUUGUGUUCCUCUACAUGGAGGCUGGCCUGGGGCCCUACAGCUUCCUCAUCUUCUGUGCCAUCUGCCUGGCCACCGCGCUUUACAUCUUCUUCAUCGUUCCCGAGACCAAGAACAAAACCUUCAUGGAAAUCAACAGGAUCAUGGCCAAGAGGAACAAAGUGGAGAUUCAGGAAAACAAAGAGGAGCUGAAGGAUUUCCGCACUGCCCCGGGCGGGCUGGUGGAGAGGACGAUGAGCUCCAGCAGCCAGCUGUGAGCCAGCCCAGUGCCUGGCCUGGCAGGGACAUCCCUCAGCAUCUGUUCAGCGGGAAAACAAAUCCUUUGAUUCAGCAUUUUUGAUACUGCUCUGAGAAUCAUAGAAUCCUUAAGGCUGGAAAAGACCUUUAAGAUCGAGUCCAGGUGCAAACCUAACGCUGCCAGCUCCACCUCUUGUCACCAGGAAAGGACAGUGUCCUCAGCCAGCUCAGUUCCUGUCACCAGGUAACCAGUGUCCCUGAUGUCCUGACUGACACUCCUCGGGAGACACAGGCCAGCCCUGGGGCUGGGUUUGGGUCAGGCACGUUCAAUGAGUGCACCACACUCCUCUGAGGAACUGUCACUCGUGUAUUUGAGGGUCCAGCACGGGGAAACUAAAGUUAAGUUGUUAUCUGAGGGUGCUGCCCUCUGUUUUGAAAAAAGCAGAAUUGCUGAACAGCCUGGCGUGGAUUUGGUGGUGUUGAUGGAGAGCCCUUCACACGGUUGACUUUAACCUUAGAAAAUUUGGAUUUAUACCUGCCCUCAAAUUUGUGAUAUAGGUGUUGAAAAAAGAAACUGGUUUCGUGUUCUGUCUCUACAUCCCUCACAGAAGAGAAGGCAAAGGGCUGUCCCUGGCCAAGGAACAAGGAUUGCACAGGAGCUGCUCUACAUCCCUUUUCCCCUGUGAUGUGUCUGCAGGGGAAGGGUGCUGAGUUGAUGGUGGUAAACAAACAGAAAGAAAGAGAUGUGCAGGGAGGAUGGUGAGAAAGCGAGACUUGGGUGAAGGAUGGGAUAGAAAUUUUAUUUGAGAAAGUGGCUCCUUUGACCAAGGAGAGCAGCUCUUUGGUACGAAGGAUCUAGGUAGGGGGAUCUAAAAUUCCUGUGAGGGGUGUGACAGCCCAAGGUGCUGGACUGUGCCUCAAGUUCUGCUGUUCUUCGCCUCUAUCCCACUGAGGGAGGCUUUGCUCUCUUGGACAGACACCCUGGAGCAGCAGCAGGUGCAUGGCGAGCCCACCACAAAGCAGAGGGAGAAACAAGCUAAUAAUCCUGAUUCUUCUCAGUUUCCCCAGCAGGCAGUUCAGAUUCUUCUGAUGCCUUAAUUAAAAAAAAACAAACAACCAGCAGCUGGGAAUCACUGGCAGCUGGUGUCAGCCUCCAGAACCACCCCCCCGAGGAGGGCCAUGGGGGUUUGUCCCCAGGCUACGACGUCCCCCUGUGGCCUCCCCGGCUUGCACAGCGCGAGCGCCCGAACCUCGGCAGGGCUGAGAACGUGGCUCCACAGGUUCACCUGAGCCAUCCACCCUGCAAACCCAUUGGAGAACGUCCCAAGGAGAGUGUCUCUGUCUUUCCCAAGGACGAGCAUCCCUCCGGGCUGGCUCACGUAGCCCUUCUGGAUGCUCACCGCCUUGCCGGCCGCUCCGUUGAGCCACACGCUGGCCGUUCCCGGCUGGGAGGCCCACGCCAGGCAGUAGUGCAGCCAGUCCUGGGCCUUGUGGUGCAGGGGGAAGCUGAUGAAAUGGCCUCCUAUCCACAGUCCCACCUCUGUGCCCAGGGUCACCACCAGCUCGUUGUCCCUCUCCCGCGUGGAGUAGGACAGGACGGUCUGGCUCCCGGAGUGCUGGGAUCUGGCCCAGAAGCACAAGGUGAAGGCUUGGAGAGACAUGGCACGGAGGGGAUGGACAUCCACAGAGCUCUCAAUGUUUUCCACGGGGAAGUAGAAAGCUGGAAAAGCGCUGGGUUUAAUACCUGGAAGAACCAAAAAGCCACCGGUUACAUUUCCUGCCGUGCCUGUAAAUAAACCCAAAUCCUGAAGAAUUGCACCCGUAGUCUGAGCUGUCUUGAGCCACAGUUACUGGUGUGUGUUGUGCCAACAGGGAAAGGGCUUGCAACGAUGAAAAACUGAGCUCUCUCACCCAGCUGUUUGGGAAAAUUGCUUUUUUCUCCCUCCUUCUUUCUCUUUUUCUCAUCCUGCAUAAAACAGAGGUGACGAUUAUUUAUCCUGGGGGAACUGCGAGCUUAAACAUUUCACUGCUUGUAAAAAAUGUGCUCCCACGUUGCAGGAGAAAGCUGCAGUUGCUGUGGGAGUACCUAGAUCAGGGCUGGCCACAACAAUGCUUUAACUGAAGAAUUUCCAUCAGCAGGCCUAGAUAUGGGACAAAAUUCUGCCUGCACGUAGCAGUACCCAACCUGUCAAUGAUUUAGGCCAUCAAGGCAUGGGCUCUUCCUUCUCCCAGGAUAAGCUGGACUCCACAGCUGCGUGUUCUUACCUGGGUGGCUCACUCCAUUCAGCAACUCCGUCUUCAUGUCUUGGAGCUGCGCCUGGAUUUGAUCCAGUCUGAGGGUGAACUCCUCUGGAUGGCAUUGUGCUAGAGCAAUCAGACAGCUGAAUUUACAGAAGGCCAGGACACCUACACACGGUAGAUCUUCUAGUCUGGGGAAAACCUUUGUUUUGAAACGCAGCAUCUCUGCUUUGUGUGGUGCCAGCCUGGCUGCUCACACACCUCACCCACCUGGGCACAGACACACCCGAGCUGAGGGUCCUUUUGUGGUGCCACCUAUCACCAGGUACCCUGGACAUGUGUGUGACAGCCAAAACUGUCAAAAUACUGGCUGGCACAUACCCCGCAGCCACCACUGCACCUUCAGGGGUGAAGUGUGUUGGCAGGGAAAGAGGAGGCGUGCGGGGACACCUCCACCCGUGCGGGGACACCGCUGCUCCUGGGAAAGCCGAUCUCCAGCUCACCUAAACUCGCAGCUGAACGCCUUUCCACGCAGGUUUCUUGCCCCUCCCCAGGUGAGCCCAAGUCCUGCCUGCUGAGCCCUUACCUUGGGGGGGUCUGGCUCUGAAGGAGGACUCCACCACCCUCCCGUGGAGGGGCUGGCCGUGCCGGUAGUCGUUGCGCAGGGUCCUGUUCUCCCAGUCCAGCAAGGUGCUCUCCAGCAGGCUGAUCUGGCAGGAACACAGGCAUCUUUAGGAGGGCAGUGGGAAGGGGCUGUUGUGCCUAAAAAAGCGCAGGGAAAAUCCUGCAACCUGUUCCAGAGGGAUCCUCAGGGCCUCUCACCAGGCAUUAGCAAGAGAAAGGAAUGCAAUGUGAGGGCUCUUAUCAGCUAAUUCAUGACAGAGAUAUUUUUUUUGCCUGAGGGAAGUUCUGAACACCUGAUGGUAAUGCAUGCAUGGAGAUUUUUGCUGCCGUGCUGUAGCUUUCUCACAAGUGCCUUCCAGCCUUCCCCCUGCCAGAAAGAGUAUUUCUUUUUCAAAGAGAACACAGUGAUCCUCCUCUGCUGGAGUCUCGAUUUUAUCUUGCUCUUCUCCAAGAAGAAAAUGUUUCUAAUGCUUCUUUAUUGACUUAAAAGCAAUGUAAGUCUAGACAAGGAAAAAUCCUGAAAUACUGUAUAAAAACGUGCCAAUUAUUCUGUAAUUAAUGUUAUGAAUGGCU